CAACAAGAAGCUCAGAGAAGAAGCCAGCGCGUGUUAGUGAAUGAACAGAGCUGAUGGCGGGGCUCGAGCUGCUGUCGGAUCAGGGAUACCGUCUAGAUGGACGGAGAGCGUGCGAGCUGCGCAAGGUCCAGGCGCGCACGAGCGUGUUCGCGCAGGCGGACGGAUCCGCGUAUCUGGAGCAGGGCAACACUAAAGCGCUGGCCGUGGUGUACGGACCGCACGAGACGCGAGGCUCUCGCAGUAAAUCUCUGCACGAUCGCGCGGUCAUUAACUGUCAGUUCAGCAUGGCCACGUUCAGCACGGCGGAGAGGAAGAGACGUCCACACGGGGACCGCAAGUCCAGCGAGAUGAGCCUCCACCUCAAACAGACCUUUGAAGCUGCGGUGCUCACCGAGCUCUACCCACGAUCACAAAUCGACAUCUACGUUAAGAUUCUGCAGGCAGACGGUGGGAACUACAGCGCUUGUGUGAAUGCUGCGACUCUGGCUCUGGUGGACGCUGGUAUUCCCAUGCGGGACUAUGUGUGCGCCUGCACUGCUGGCUUUGUGGAGGACACGCCGCUGGCCGAUCUGUGCCACGCUGAGGAGAGCGGAGGAGGAACGUCGCUGGCGCUGGCCCUGCUGCCCCGCAGCGGAAACAUCGCCCUGCUGCAGAUGGACGCCCGGCUCCACCAGGACCACCUGGACGCUUUAAUAGAGGCAGCCAUGACGGCGUGUAAAGGUGUCAGUAAAGUCCUGGACGGCGUUGUGCGUCAGCAUCUAGAAGAGGUUUCAGUUCUGACCAGAGAUUGAGGAGGAGAGAGGCUUUGACCGUGUUAUCAUUUGUAGAAUGAAGCCUACAUUUGGCUGACGUGAUAGAUUUGAACAACAACAAAAAAAUAUGGAUGAAACCUCAUGUAUCAUUUCUACAAAAAACUGUUUUGUAAUAAUAAAGAUUUGAAAGAGUUUCCAUGAAAA